AUGCCGUUUAAGGGCCACCCACGAAGUUCUCGGACCAUAAUUGAUGUCGCCUUGAUGGCGCCUGCCAUGCCUCCGAGUCAUGGAGCAGUGAGUUCUGUCCAGCGAAUAAUGCGAUCAAUGAAGAGGCAGUGGAUCGUGCAACCGUGGAAGUACGCACGAAUAUUGAUGAGCUUUAAGGUGCAAAUUUGGAAGCAAUCAAAAAUCGCUUCAAACAAAUACAUGUUACAAAAAGUGAUAGAGAAGGCACGAAAAUACCUCGAAUUGGUGGGUUAUCACAAAUAUCAUACUAAAAUUUUGUCAAUCGGCGAUUAA